AUGGCAUUAGACAAAAAGUCACAGGAUCGCCAAAGUGAACAUCUGAGGGUGUGUCCUCAGGGUCCAACCUGUUGUACAAGUACCAUGGAGGAGAACCUUGGCGGUCUGAGCUCCCGCGAGACAGAGGGACUGAUCAGAGAGGCCGGCAGGUCGCUGCAGGCUGCCUUCAAUGCUCUCCACAGGAGCUUUGACACCUUUUUCACUGAGCUGCACGGUAAUUCUGAGCGCUCUCUCCAAGAGGUGCUGUCUCCACUCGGCCCUCUGUAUUCCCAGAACACUCGUCUCUAUGGGGAUCUCUACACCGACUUGCGGCAGUACUACCGAGGCUCUGCUCUAAACCUGGACGAGACCCUGUCUGAGUUCUGGUCCCGCCUCUUGGAGCGCACCUUUAAAAUCUCCACUCCAACCGAUGUCAACAUGUCAGAUGACUACCUUGAAUGUGUUGCUAAGCAACAGGAGACGCUGCGGCCAUUUGGAGAUGUCCCCCGGGACAUGAAGGCGAAGGUGAUCCGAGCUUUUGUCACAGCCAGAUCGUUUGUCCAGGGGCUGAUAGUCAGUGGAGAGGUGGUCAGGAAGGUCUCACAGGUUUCUCUAAGUCCAGAGUGUAUGAAGGCCCUGAUGAAGCUGGUUUACUGCCCACACUGUCGCGGCAUGGCCUCCGUCAAACCCUGCUCCAACUACUGUUCCAACGUCAUGAAGGGCUGCCUGGCCAACCAAGCUGACCUGGACCCAGAGUGGCAGAACCUUAUAGACACCAUGAUCCAGGUGGUCUCUAGUUUCAGCACGGAGCCCAGUCUCGAUGUGGUUCUCUCCUCUAUCCCGGCUCGAAUCUAUGAGGCUGUUCACAUCCUACAGGAAAACAUGGACACAUUCACAGCAAAAGUGUACCAGAUGUGUGGAACUCCAGGUGAACCAGGAACAGGAAGUCCCACCCUUCAUGAGCAGAAGAAGAAGAGCGGCUCCCUGACCGCAUCAGAGUACAAACCCUCUCCGACCGCUAGUCUCAGACUGGAGAUGCAGGUGUCAGAUCUGUCCAGUAAGCUGAGGGAGAUGCGGCAGUAUUGGGUGCAGCUCCCUGUGGCAAUUUGCAGCAAAUUGGCAGCAGGAGGCAGUGGUCAGGAUAAAUGCUGGAAUGGCAUUACUAAAGCCAGGUACCUUCCGGAGGUGAUGGGUGACGGCUUGGCCAAUCAGAUCAACAACCCAGAAGUGGAGCUUGAUAUCACAAAGCCAGACAUGACCAUCCGGCAGCAGAUCAUGCAACUCAAAAUCAUGAGCAACAGGCUGAAAAAUGCACUUGAUGGCAAUGAUGUGGACUUUCAAGAUGCAA